AUGGCGGCCAAGUUCGAUUUGAUGAACAAUCAAAUGGAUAAGACGUCGCGUGCGUCACAUCUAGGUCAUUCUGAUUCAAUCUUAUACUUACCUCAACAAGAACAUCAGCAACAAACACAAACAAGUCAACUAGCGACAACUACGAGUCAGAAUCAAGUUAAAAAGCCUAUUUCAUUUCCCUUUGGAAAAUGUCGAAUAUGUCGAGACAAAGCAACUGGAGUUCAUUAUGGCGUGAUCACAUGCGAAGGAUGUAAAGGCUUCUUCAAACGCAGCAUCACCCAAGGAGUACCGUAUCGAUGUUUUUUCGGUGAUACUUGUGUGAUUAAUAUGAAAACACGGAAUCGAUGCAAAGCAUGUCGACUAAAACUUUGUUUCGAACGUGGUAUGGCAAUGGAAAGCGUUAAAAUGGGUCGAAUACCAAAGAAGGUUAAAGAGAAAGCACUGAAAAAUUAUGAAAAAUAUCAGGAAAAAUUGCGUCAAAACCGACAAACAGCACUGCAGGAAGUUCCUGACGAACGAUCGUCUGGUCUUGGCGAAUCGGAAGACUCAGGAAUAGAAAAUGGCAGUUUAUCAAGCAGAAACCGUGAAUCCGUUUCAUCGAUUUCAUCGUACUCUUCAUCAAACAUGUCCAAUAUAGGUAGUCAACAGUGUUCGUACUAUAACCAAGAAAGUGUUAAUAUACCUCCAAAUCUAUUCAAUGAAUCCGAAGAGCCAUUUUGUACAGUAGAUCUUAUUGAAUUAACGCUUUCCACCUCAAGUCUUCAUAUAAACAAUGUCGAUCAUAAUCUUUCCACAUUACGACUUCCCUCGGUAUUUUCCGAAUCUAACACAUUACCCAAAACAUAUCCAGAUAUUUUGAAACCUGCUGAACCAUCUUCAUCAAUGAAUAUGAAGCAAAUGGAUCAAAUAGCAAUGAAAUCCACUGUGAAAAAUUAUAUGACGGUUGCCACAUACAUUUCCGAAGUCAAUGAAAAUAGUCUUAUUGAUUACAUGUUCAAUUAUGAAAUACGCUUUUCAAAAAACGUUCUGCAGAUAAUGAGAUAUCUUUCACAAAAACUUUCUCAGCCAUUUCUUAUUUAUGAACUUGACUUCGAAGUCACGUCUUUCUUUCGCUAUUUACGCUGGAAAAUGCUCAAUUCAUAUCUGAAACAUACAAAGCGACUACGAGCACUCAUCGAACGCAUGUUCGGCAUCAUCAAUCUCGGUAUAACCAACUAUCCUGGUAGUCAUGCAACAAUAACACAAAUAUGGGAAGAUAUACAAAAGAGCAUAUCAGUCGAUGUCACUCAUCUCAUGGUUUUCGCCAGAGACAUGCCCGGUUUGAAUGAAUUGAAUACGAAUGAUUUUACUCGAAUCUUGAAUAAUCGUGUAUUCGAUUUUUACAUAAUUUAUAAUUAUCCAUUAUUUUACAAGAAUGAAUCGUACACAAUGACAAUCAAUGGUUUCCAAUACAGUCGUCAUUUUAUGAAUCAAAUCAUAGGAAAGAAAACAACUGAUGCUUUACACGAAUUUUCCGCAAAACUCCACGCGUUGAAUAUCACUCAAGUGGAACAUAGCCUUAUCAUUCCGAUUAUUCUUAGUUUAGCCGAUGAAAAAAUAGUCGAUAGUGGAAGUGUAUAUUUCAUUAAGUAUUGUUUUAUGUAUGCACUUUAUAUUCAAUUAUGUACGACUCGAACUGAAGAUGAAGCGAAAUUUGUAUUCGAUCAAAUCUUACAACUUGUUGAUUCAAUUGAGAUUAUCAACAAAUUGUGCAAAGAAAAUAUUGGCGCAUUGGUUCUGGACAAAACACCAUCUCAGAAUGAUUGUAAAAAGCAUUCGAUUGAUUUGUUACUCGGAAAAAAUCUCGUCUUGCAAUAUAACAAAACUAGUGUGAUGUACCACUGGUUACUUGAACGACAUAUAGUUCGGUCGAUUCCAACAGUAGUUGGAGCGUACAGUAGUCUCUGUGCACUUUGUGCUACACUUGCCUGCUGUGCUAUUGUACUGGUUGUUUCUCUCAUUCCACUGUAUUUAAAUAACAGUACAGACCAAGGACUGGGGGAAUUUUACUGCCUUAAUAAUUAUAGUUUACAAGUGGGAUUUCAAAUUCCUGAAUACAAUACAACAUUUACUGAUACGGUGACUAGAGCAGCAUAUACUUUCUCGACUAACACCGUCUCGUUACCGAAUGUUGGAUCAUGUUCUAAUACAGCCUGCCAAGCUCGAACAUCAGAGUCCAUCACUGUUAGUGAUCUGUGUACAUUUCAAGUGAAAUCAUUGAUUUCUCCAGCUGUUCCAAAUGCAAAAGUCUUCAAUAGCUAUGCUCUUAGUGAAGCCUGUUAUCGAACCUUACAAAGUUGCCAUUAUGAUUCACUGCUAACAUCGUGUCUUUUAUCAAAUUGUGUAGUAGUUGGCCUUUCUAGUGCAUCCUCGAGCGUUUCGUCACCUUUAACUUAUUAUUCUCUACGCUGUACAACAAAUAUUUAUUAUCAAACUCGUUGUAUGGAUGCUGGACCCAAUGAUCGAUUGUACUAUUCUAGUUCUCAGCAAAACAGCGGUUGUCGUCAACAACGCUUAGACCAAAUCAACAAUUGUUUAAACUCUACAACCGCGUUGUUAAAUGUUCCGUCUGCCAUAAGUGUUUCUAGUGGUUUAGUCACCGCUACAACUGGCAGUUGCACUCAAACCGUUGCUUCUAGUAGUAGUCAACUGAAUGUAAAUGACAAUUCAGCCACACCGCUUACUGGAUCCGCGUCAUUCAGCUGGACACCUACUUCAACGUCGGUUACAUCAAGUGCCACUUUUCAAAGUGCAGCAUUUUCAGCUUCAGAUCAAAGCGAUGGUCAUGCAUAUAGAAUUACAUCUGUUAAUAGUGCAGUAUACAGUACAACUCAAGUUGGUGCUCGAUACUGCGGCGCUAUAACUCGUGCACAAAUCGCUUCCGCUAUUAACGAUGUGAUUAGCUCUCAAAGUUCUUGA